AUGGCUCAAAGAGGACGACGAAGCGGCGCCAGCCAGCUUCUCGAGCACGGCGACACGGUCGAGCAGCCUCAUCAGUUUCGUUCCAAGCUCAACUUCGAUGUUCAAAGCGAUCUGAUUUGUGUGGGCGUCUUAGUUGGCGUGCUCAUUGCGAAUGAGCUCGGAGAUUAA